AGCUUGGCUCAAAAAGACGCCAUGGCUGGGUAGCAGUCCAAGAUCAUGGCGCUGCCACAGCAGCUCCUCCCCAAUUUUGUUGCAUUGCCUACACCACCGGCUUCCUCGAUCCGUCUGGGGCCACCAGUUCCAACGUCGGCCUGUGGUUCACGAGCGCACCUCGCAGCUGGGGUUUCUGCGGCCUCGGCUGUAGUGGUGAUUUCAACGGUUUUGGCGGCAAAGAAGGGGAAGGCCAAGAAGAAGCCGGCCAAACCGCGACAUUAUGGCCCCAAGAAACUCAAGAGUGGUUAUUGGCAACAAGGCUUGUCCAUCGAUGAUGACAUCAACGUUUUCGAAUGGUUCAAUGCCGAAGAACUGGAGGAUUAUCCACCAGCGAAGGUGACCGCCUUCAAGGAGGUGGCCAAGUUAACUGAGCACCCAGACGGGGAAACCAGCACCUUCGAUGCUCCGGAGUACCGGCCGCCGCCGGAGAAGCUACAGCUGGCCAAAGGUUUGAAAGAACCGGCGGAGUUGGACCAGUGCCUGGGGCGUUCCUUCGCCGGUGACAUGCAGGAUCAGAUGGCAGAGUUCGGAACCAGCUUCUCCAUGGAAGACACGGACAUCAUCAUCAGCUUCCAGGCCAUUUGCACGAUGCUUGCCUGGAUCGAUGGGACUCUGACGGAAGACAUGCGCGCCAAAGGCUUGAACACCAGGCGGGGCAGUGAGCCCGAGCGUGUGGAUCUCUUCCGUGUGGGCCGUCUGCCGGAUGCCCCCAACGCCAUCUCCAUAGGCACAGUCUGGAACUGGGUGCCGGAGAAUGCGACGAAUGGCACGGCAAACUUCAACAAGAGAUCCUACGACGUGAAUUUUGAGCGUGUCGUCACCGGUCAGGACACUGUGGAUGGACCUCCCUCGAUCCGCGAGGUGGAUGCCCCGACCCACUACCGCAUCUUGAGCUACAACUUGGGUGACCUGAAGCUGGUCGUCCGUGUGCCCAUCGCUUGCACCAUGCCCACCGUGGAUGAUGAGGACAUGCCACACCCUGGCAUGGCCGUGCAGUGCUCGACCGCCAACGAGCGUGAUGCUGGGGACAUUUGGAGCCCCACGCUCGGCACGAAGUACGCAGAGAUGCAACUGGGAGACGUUGGGAUGCUGGUGCGCGGCAUCGUCGACCGGGGCUUCCUGGUGGACUUGCAGGAACUGACGCAAGAGGAUUUCAAGCUGGAUCGGCCUUCCUUGGAAGAGGAUGCCCAGAUAUUGAUGGGUCGCUUGGCGGGGUUGCUGCAGCGCAUCAAAGAGGUGGCCGACUGCCCAGGCUGUGUGGGCAGAGUCUUGUACCUGCAGUACUGCGAUGCGGAAAUCCGGGUGAUUUCGCCCUGGACGGAUGAGGAGCUGAAAGAGCUGGAGACCUUCCGGGACGUCACUGACAAGGAGGUGGAGGAGCUGGUCUUCGGGCCAGAAGCCUGAGUCUGAGACAUGAAAGAGCCAGUGGCAACCUGAAAGUGUUCCAAACGCUCCAGCAUGCAUUCUGUGUGGAAUAUGGAUGAAUUAUGGCUGCUUCAUGACUUUAUUUUCAGUGCUGCAAGCUGCAAACGUGCAAAAGUAGGUAGGUGGUUGGCCGAAAAGACUUGCUCUUGGGACCUGUUGUGAUGCUCACGGCAGCCCUGCCUAGAGCGCUGCACCUGUGCUGCACUCGACGAUCAGCAUUGAGAAAAGACGGA